AUGAAGAGAAAUGUUUUGGUGGGACAGGCCGUUUCUGAAUCUGGCACCGAUUACAUUGGUGUUGCAAAGAAGAAACUGAGCGACGCCGCAGAAUCAGCCAUUGAUAUGGCCAGCGGAUUAUAUCAUGCUAUUGUUGGAGAUACAAGACAAGAGGUGAAAACGGCAGGUGAAGCAAAUUGCGCAACUGAUAAGGCAAGCGAAACGCGAAAUAAAGCCGGCAACAAAUUGCAUCAAGUCGCCGACGAUGUGAAGCAUUAA